UAAUUGAAUUCUAAAAUGUCGAUUGUCUGCACUUUGGAGCAAAAAGUGAAUUUAUUUAAAGGUCCUGUGGCUACCAAAAAUUUACUUAUUUUAAAGAAUAACAUUAACAACAAUCCAACAACAACCACAACAACAAGUUCUGCAAAUACCAACAUUACAUCAGCUGCAGCAACAUUGCCCACUGGCAAAUUAUUAACGGAUAUUAAAACACCAGCAGCAGCAACAUCUCAAUCAUCGGUGACAAAUUUUAAAGAAAAAUGUACUUGCAAACAAAAUAAUAAUUUCCAUUUCUUUCGCUUUUCUUUCAUUUUAGCUUUGAUUUCAUCAGCACCCAGUCAUCAUCUGAUUAAGGGUCAGGAUUUUAAAAAUCGUUUAACUGUAACACCCACCACGGAAUUGUUACAGUUUCACCAACAACAGCAUCAGCAGCAACAACAACAACUUUUAUUAACGGCUACCGCAAAUAUGCCCGAAGUAUUGCAAGCCGCAGCUGCCAACAGUUUGACCGGCAACUCCACAAAAUAUCACAGCAAUUCAACACAAGGUCUGGUUACACCAGCCACUGCAGCAGCCAUGGUGCGUAUGUCUACCAUGUCACCCACACUCUCAAUGAACGGCAGUUCCAAUGAGGCCACAAAUGUUCACAGCCUAUCCAUGUACAACGGUCCUGUUAGCCCCCAAUCCAGUGAUUCGGGCCACAGCAUGUCCGACAUGCAGCACAACAAUUACAUGAACUAUAAUCCCGAUUUUACCGGCAUGACCAAACAACAGGUCAAUGCUGCCAAGGAACUAUUCUCACAGCGCAAACAACGGGAAUUCACCCCCGACUGCAAGAAAGAUGACAGCUAUUGGGAUCGUCGCCGGCGCAACAAUGAAGCCGCCAAACGCAGCCGUGAGAAGCGACGAUACAACGACAUGGUCUUGGAACAGCGUGUUGUCGAACUGACCAAGGAGAAUCAUGUUUUAAAAGCCCAAUUGGAUGCUAUCAAGGACAAAUUUAAUAUUCCCGUUGAGAACCUUGUGAGCGUGGAACAAAUUCUGGCCUCUUUGCCCACCAGUGAACAGGUAUUGAGCACCACCAAACGUUCCAAACUCUCCACACCCGCUUCAAAUUUCAACAGCUCUGCCAGCAAUGGUAUGCAUUACGGUACGGCCGGUAACAAUAUGCCAGCACAAAAAUCGUCAGUAUCAUCUGUUGAUGGCCUCAGUUCCUCCGGCAAUGACAAAUUGACGGCCCAAAGUGUUAUCAAGCCAAAUGGAGCAGUAACAGCAACCGGUGUUUCUCCCCUACAUCAUUUACCCUCUACAAUUAACACAGCCGGCGUAGGCCAUCAGUCCAAUCUUAAUGGAAACAGCAUACAAGCCACACAGGCCCUAUAUGUGCCGGCUUCAACAGCUCCAGCUGUUUAUGUUCCCGCCAACUUAAACGAAAGCCUAACGUCCAAUACACCUUCCCACCAACACCAUUCAGUGGUAGCUGCUGCAGCCACCACCACUACCAGCAUCGUCCCAACACAACCGCCCACCACAAAUCUACAGAAUUUACACGUCCUUCAGGCCUUGAAUAGGGGUGGCUGCGAUUUUGAGAAUAUUCGCAAGGUUGUGGCAGCGGCAGCUGUUGCCAGCAACGCUGCAGUCGCCGACUUACCGUCCACAGUGAGUGGUUUGUAUACCAAUCCCCAGGGAGCAGCCGCAGCAGCCAUCUAUGCCGGAGCCACACAGCAUGUCCACAAUCCCUUGUACACAAAAUUCGCCAAGGAUGAACAUAGCUACUUGCCGGCCACAAUGGUGGAGGGCCCCAUUGUCAGCUCCAGUGCUGGUGACUCGGUUAGCUCUUCGUCGCCACGGGAAACAGCCAGUGUUUUGAAUUUGUCACGCCGAGCCAGUACUCCCACAGCCUACGAGCAUAUGCUGUCAUCCACCACCCCAACCUCAUCGCGUUUGUCAUCAUCGAUGUCGUCGGCCUCGUCAUCGGGAGCUGUAUCCGGUGAUGAUGAUCACGAAGCCGACAAUGAAAUGGCCGAAGAGACCAAUGAGCAUCACCUCGCCAGUACCACAACAAGCCCUCACAGUAAUGACUCCAACAAUUGCUUGCCUCUGAAGCUAAGACACAAAUCUCAUUUGGGUGAUAAGGAUGCAGCAGCUACAGCUCUGUUGGCCCUGCAGCAUAUCAAGCAGGAGCCAAUUAGCAAUAGGGCUUCACCACCAGCCUGGGCUGAUAAUUCCGGCGAUAAUUCAAGUGAUGAACGUGACUCGGGCAUUUCCAUACCCAGUCCCGAAUGGACAGCCCAGUUCCAGAGAAAGGAUACAUGCACGGCCACAGCUGUUGUCACGGUAACGCCAUCGGAGAGGGAGCAUAUACUUAAAUCGAAAUUGGCACGCUUAGAAUCCGAGGUGGCCACUAUUAAAAAUGAUCUAUACAGUCGAUCGAAAUGUUGUACAUAAA